UACAAUCAAUAGCCAAGAUAAGUUAGUUACUACAAGGUGGAAUCUCCACAAUAAAACUGACUACUUUAUAUAUAUCAAAAGAUAAUUAGAAUAAAUUACACUCCAUGUGAAUGUUGUGUCACAUCACAUCAAAUAAGUAAUGAAUAAUCCUCAUCGUAUGAUAUGACAAUCCAACAAAAGAAUAGCCAUUACUGCAAAAUGCAUGUAUGAGAAAGAUUCUGCCAAUAGCAUUUUGGUAAGGUUACUUGAGUGCGGUGUUUUCUCCAUUGACAUUCAUUAAACACAGUCAUCUUCCCGCAACAAAAUUGAAAAAGUUUUUAUUUUCCAUUUCCAUGCCAAUCUACCAUUGCCUUGCUGCCUGCACUGCCUCCCCAAUCACAGUAUACAGGGCCCCCCAUUUAACUCCAACUCUUACCAUGCGAAAUGUAGUGAAUUAUGCUCUACAUAAUCCAAAACUCCCUCUUUCCGUAUAGAAGUUCAUAGCAGUGUUUCUCUCAUAUAAAAGCUCCGGCGAAGCCUUCCAAAUCGAUAACAAUAAACCAAAGAAUGGGGCAGUGGGUGUUACUCGCUCUCUUUCUACCAUGCGCCAGCAUGUCCGCAGUGUUUAUAGUCUACUUCUGCUCAUUCUGGUACGCCGUCACCUAUCGGGCCGGCGAUGAUGCUGACCAGGAGGUGGUGAAAAACAGCCGGCAGAAGGGUCUAUCUGCCACGCAGCUUAACAAGCUUCCAAGAAUCACAGGCAAGGAUUUGGUCCUGGGGAAUGAUUGUGCUGUUUGUUUGGAAGAUAUAGGGAGCGACAAACCUGUUCGGUUGAUUCCGGGUUGCAACCAUGGCUUCCAUGUAGAAUGCGCGGAUGCGUGGCUGGCCAACCACCCGGACUGCCCUCUCUGCAGAUCAAAGCUGGAUCCGGAACUCUUUGAAACUAACCCCUGCUAA